AUGGCGUCACUAGCUCGACCUCGAGUCGAUGUCAGAGCCGCUGCCAUGCCAGGAGGCUUCCCAUCCCAAGACUACUGCGAGCAGCCGGAUCGGCGCCCAGCAAUGGUAGCAACAGGAAUGACCACGGAUACAGAGACGACAUCCAGCCGUUCAAGUGAUAGACCGGCACCCAGCAGGGGUAUACUCAAGUCCACCCCCACGGGUAUGACCUCUCAGAACCCGCUAGCAGCACGGUUCAAUCGUAGGCCAGAAACCAGUCAUCAUGCAUCAACAUAUCAACCUGCUCCCUUCGACCAGGGCGACACUUGGCCGUACGACAGCCCUGACAAUUACGACAGCUACGAGCACGAGACGGAUUCCCAAUCUGUCUUGUCCGAGGUCUCAACCAGCAGCACGCAGGCCACCAGCGUAGCAUCAGACGAGACAGUUACCGACAUGAACUGCCCACCGUCUGGCCAUGUCAAGCAUAUCCGGCAUGUGCCUUCACCUACUGUGGGGCGGGUCAAAAUCAGGCCUCGUGCGCGGACAUCUUCUUCCACCGAGUUGGCCAAGAGCCCACCUCAGAAGCGACAGGUCCACAUCCAGAUCUUCCCUCCGGGGUCAGCAGCAUCCCAGGGCCACCAGGGCCGAGAGCUGCAGUUGUCUCGCAAGACGGAGCGGGACCUGCUCGACAAGAUUGACGAGCUCGAGAACCAGGCCGUCAGUCUCCGGGAUGUGCGAGCCCAUCUCGACAAGGAGCUAGCCGAGGCCAACGAAAAACUCUCGGUCCGGACCCUUGAGGCCAGAGACCUGCAAAAGUCGCUCGGCCAUGAACGCAACGCCAAGGAGGUACUGGCCCGGGAGCUGCAGAACCAGCGAACCCAGCUCGACGAACACCGCAGCAACCUCUCCUUGCAAAAAGGUAUGCUGAAUGACGCCGAGGACGAGCGGGAGACUUUCCGGGGAGCGCGGGACAGUCUGGAGAAGCAGCUUAGCCAGUUGGCACGAGACAUGACAGCGCAAGAGACACGACACAAAGAGCUCGAGGCGAUUCUGAUACGCAAGGCUUCCGAGUCGGAGCAGUUGUCAAAAUCCUUUGAGGAUAAAUUCGCUGCCCAGAACCGACAACUCAAGGAUCUAGAAAGUCAGCGGAAAUCUCUCAAACAGACGGUAGAAACCCAGGACAAACAACUCGGACAACUAAAGAGUAUUACCCUUGAGCGUGACACCCUUCGAUCCGAUAUGGAGAAGCAGCAGACAGUACAUGCUGAAACGCUCAAGAAGCUCAUUGUCGACCGCGAUUCAUUCAAGUCGAAACUAGAGGCACAAGAGAAACAGAUGAAGGAGCUAGACGAGCUGAUUCUUCAGCGAGACUCGUUGAAGGUCAAGAUUCAAAUUCUUACCAGCGAAAACGCUGCAUUAAACGGAGACAAGGGACGACUAGAGGAGCGCAAGAACAGGCUCAAGGACCGUGUUGGUGAGGCGGAAAAGAAGAACGACAGCCUCACAAGAAGGAUUGUAGAGCUACAUUCAGAAAUAGAAGGAUUCAAGGGUGAGAUUGCGGUCUGCAAGACACAGAUCGGGGAAUUCGAAGUUUCCAAGAAGGAUCUCGAGGCACGGAUAGAAGAGUCUGAGUCCAAGGCCAAAACGGCCAUCGAGGAAGAAAAGGAAAAUACAGACAAGCUCAUCGCCACAGAGAAGACGAAGCUGGAGGAAAUGCAGGCACAGGCAGCGACCGACCGGGCAGAACUCGAAGCCAAGAUUACCAACCUCGAAACCGAGCUGCAGGGCGCCAAGGACGCCAACGUGGUCAUCGUGUCGGAGAGGCUAGAAGCCAAGGCGAGGCUCGAGACUGCCACUGGGAGUCUAGCCACGGCUUACGCGGAAGUCAAGAAUGUCCAGGACCGCAACAAGGACCUUGAGUCAACCAUCGAAACGACCAAGGCGCAGAUCACGGCGCUGGAGGCCAAGGCCGAGGAGCUGAACCGGCUCGGCCAGCAGCACAAGGAGCUCGGACAGCAUGCUGAAGGUCUCCAGGCCGAUCUUGACAAGCAUGCCGUAGGCGCUGCUGCCCUCCAAGCUGACAAGGACAAGCUGGCAUCAGAUAGGGCCGACCUCGACGCACUGAAGGAAACGAUGCAAGACGCCACAGCCAUGACCAAGUUGAUGGAAGAAAAAGCCAGCCUCGAAAGCCGCGUCAAGGACCUCGAGAUGGAGGCCCAAGGUCUCAAGGCCGAAGAGACCAUACUCAAAGGCGAGGUCGAGAUCCUCCGCACCGAGGCUAACAAGGUACCAGCGCUGACGGAGCAGCACCACGCCGUAUCGGCACAAUUGGGAGCGGCGCUGCAGGAUCUCGCGCACACCAGGGCGGCCCUCGAAGCUGCAGCAGCUCAGGUCAAGGAGCUCAACGCGCAGGCGGCGAAGCUUCGGUCUCGCCCCAAGGAGAGGAGCGGCUCGCGGCCCAGAAAGCACGAUCGCUCUAGGUCCACAGGCUUGGUGUUUGUCAGGGCUCCUUCGAACAAGGGGACUGGCGUGUUUGUUACCACGCGGGAGGCGCUCAAGGCGGAGCAAGUUGAGAAGUAG